AUGGAGGAAUUCUGUGAAAAGGUGGUUGAAAAAGGAGAGUAUCCUCGAUUACAGGUGACCCAAAAAGAUGGAAAAUAUUUCACAUUAAAUAACACCCGAUUACAUUUAUUUAAAAGAUUACAAGAAAUGGGAUAUUGUUCUAAAGUAUAUGUAGAAAAAAUACCGCUAUGUGAUAUACCGUGUGGUAUUAGAGAUAUGAUGACUGUUUCUGUCGAAGCUACGUUUAAACCCAAACGAAAAGUGAAAAGAAGAGGUUACUGUCAAAUACAUCAAAAGGAAAACGAGAAAUCAGAUAGUGAAUCAUCAACAGAUGAGGAAAAUGAAGACGAGACAGGGAGCGACAGUGAAUUUGAUGACACAACGGAGGAAGAGGAAGAAGAAGAAUAUGAUGAUGAAAUUUAUCCGGAAAAUUUAGAAGAACCAACAAAUGUUACGGAGGAAGAGAGUUUAUUAUGA